UACUAACAUUUUAAUUUAUGUUUGUAUUCAGUUUCAAGAAACCAAAACGUUAUCCUUCUUAUACUUCUUACAGCUACCCCUAUAAUCAAAUACUAAUUUGCACAACACUUUGCGUAUUUCUUUAAUUCUCUUUAUAUACACUCCUCUCAUUUCUUCUCUUCAAACAUGCGACUACACAAUAUGACUUGCAACUCAUUUAUGUCCGAUUUCCUCCAAAACUGCGGUGGCUACGCCGUCAUCGACGGCGGCUUCGCCACUGAACUUGAGCGGCACGGUGCUGACCUCAACGAUCCUCUCUGGAGUGCCAAAUGCCUUAUCAGCUCUCCUCAUCUUGUUCGAAGAGUUCACUUGGAUUAUCUUGAUGCUGGUGCUAAUAUUAUAUUGACAGCAUCUUAUCAGGCUACAAUUCAGGGUUUUGAGAGCAAAGGAUUGUCAACUGAAGAAGCAGAAUUAUUACUAAGAAGAAGUGUUGAGAUUGCGUGUGAAGCAAGGGAAAUUUAUUAUGAAAAUUCUACAAAAGGUUCUUGGGAUUUCAUGGAUGAUCGAAACAUUUCGAGGCGUCCGAUUCUUGUCGCUGCUUCCAUCGGCAGUUAUGGAGCCUAUUUGGCUGACGGCUCGGAGUAUAGUGGCAACUAUGGAGAUGCAGUUUCUAUCCAAACAUUGAAGGAUUUUCACAGGAGAAGGUUAGAGAUUCUAGCCAGGUCAGGUGCCGACUUAAUUGCAUUCGAGACGAUUCCGAACAAGCUUGAAGCAAAGGCAUAUGCUGAGUUGCUUGAAGAGGAAGGUAUAAAUAUUCCAGCAUGGUUUUGCUUCAAUUCCAAGGAUGGAAUCAAUGUAGUGAGUGGGGAUUCUAUCCUGGAAUGUGCUUCAAUUGCAGAUUCUUGCAACCAAGUUGUUGCUGUUGGUGUCAAUUGUACCCCUCCUAGAUAUAUCCAUGGUCUUAUCCUCUCUAUUGCCAAGGUUACGGAUAAGCCGAUAGCCAUAUAUCCCAAUAGCGGGGAGACUUAUGAUGCCGAGCACAAGCAGUGGGUGAAAUCAAAAUCAAGCGGAGAAUCGGAUGAAGGCUUUGUUUCAUACAUAGGAAAGUGGCAUGAAGCUGGGGCUUCUCUUUUCGGUGGAUGCUGCAGGACGACACCUAAUACAAUUAGGGCUAUUUGCAGAGAGCUCUCCAAUUCCGAUCAAUCUUCACCGUCUUUAACUUCCAAAACCGAGAAGUAAAGACUGUUUGAAAAUAGUUCGGCAAGAGCCUUGUGGCCUUAAGCUGUCUCUGUUUCAGAGUUUAUGUAGGUUAUUGAUGUAUGGUCUUUGUCAGUCUCUUGAAUGAAAUAAACAACUAUCAACUUUCUCA